AUGUCAUCUGAUAUUCUAGAACAGCCAAUAACUCGUACAAUAAAACGGAAGUUAUUGGUUUGCUUGGAUAAUUUGAGGAAGCAACCGUACUUUAAACCAUUUAAAGACCCAAUAGACCCUGUAAAGAACCAAUGUCCUGACUAUUUCGAAGUAAUUAAGAAACCUAUUGAUCUACAUACUAUUGUUAGCAAACUAAAUAAGGAUACCUAUAGGACUUUAUUGGAAUUUUAUGAGGAUGUAAUGUUGAUAUUUAGUAAUUGUAGAUGCUAUAAUACUGCACCCUAUUGUUCACCUCUACUAGAAUACUGCUAUUUAGCAGAAAGGAAAUUCCGUGAUGAGUGGUCAAAACUAGGAUUUAGCAACUCAGGAGAGCUUUUAGAUGUCAAUGUAGAUGAUACAAGUACUCUAGAUGAGUCAUCUUCUAUUGUUAGUUUUACUUCUAAUAAGAGGAUAAAGAUAGCUAAAAAUUCAUAUCGUCUAAAUGGGGAUGUGUUCUCUAAUACAAAUAGAAGGGAGGAAACCAACAACAAGCAAAGGGCUGCAAAGAGUGAUACUCAUACAGAAAAUAGUGAUAUCUUAAAGCAAAGCACUAAGAAGCCUAGAAAUAAUCAUACCAAGAAUUGUACAGAAGAUUGGAGAAUAGAAUGUAUGAAAAUACUUGAUUUAAUGAGAAAAGAUAGUUCUAGUUUUCUUUUUGAGAAUCCAGUUUUAGAAAGUACAGAAUUAAAUGACGAGACUAAAUCUAAAUAUAGAGAAAUAGUUACGGAGUGUAUGGAUUAUAAAACUAUUGAAGCCAGAUUAUUAAACAAUGUUAAAAAGCGACAGAAAAAGCCUAUAAGCAAUAAAGAGACUAUAAACUCACCUGAAGAAUUUGAGAAAUUGAUGAGGCUUGUUUAUAUGAAUUGUAUGACGUUUAAUCCUCCCACAGGGGAGUGCAAAUGGAUAUAUGAUGCUGGUAAGAACUCAAUGCAGAAGUUUUUAUCUUUAUGUAACAGAUCUCCUUUAUUCAAUAAAAAUAUAAGUAAUUGUAAUGAGAAAUUAAAUAAUUCUUAUAAAUUAGGAUCUGAAGAUAUUACAAUAAAGGAACCUCAUAAACGUGGUGGAGCACUUAGAGUUGUUUCUGUAAGAUCAAAGAUAAGUUCUAUCACAAAGAAUAAAAUUAUCUCAAAAUGGAAUAAAUUUUCGAUGGAAUGGCGUCAAAAAAUUCUGACUCAAAAUAAAGAUAGAAAAUCUUGCAAAGAUGAAAAUUUAAAUGGUAUUGAUGAUGUUACAACAGUAAUAGAAAACUGUAAAUCUGAUAUGGGCAAAAUUAAUUUCAGUAUAAAUAAUUUAAAGUUAAUGAAUAAUAUUAAAAAGUGUAGCAUAACUUGUGAUAUAUUUCCUGAGGAUUAUAUAGGUAUAUACGCAGAUGAUAUAAAUGCUAAUAUGUCAGCCAAUAUCAAAUUUAUUACUACAAAACCUAACGAACAAUCUACAAUUAUAUCUACUGGAAAGUGUUUGAGAAAAGGUAGUUGCUAUUACACCUCUACAACUAUUUAUAUACCUGUUCUUUAUGUGGGAAACAUUAAAUCAGACUGGCAAAAGGCUAUUAUAAUAGAGGACUUUUUAUUAAAUAGUAAUUUGUCAGUGAAUUGUAGGACCUGUAUUUUUUAUUCUAUACAUAUAAAUGAUAUUAACGAUAUAUCAUCUCAAUGUAUAAAUCAAAUAAAUCUUGCUGCUAUUUCACUUGAUGAAGAAAUUGAUGGACAUUUUAUCGAAUUAGAUCUAUUCAUCAAAUCUGAUUCUGAAAUAUUUCCAGAAUUAUAUAUUGAUUACUCAGACAAAAUCAAUUUUGAUAUACUAAAUGUUCUUAAAAAGGUGAAAAUUAAUUUUAUUAUUGGAAAUGAUUCAAAUAUAAAUUUUAAAAUUAAUUUAAGUUCUAAAAAACAUGAUUUUCUACCUUUAAAAUAUUUAAUAUCACUUUAUGAGAAAAUACUCCGUUUAUAG